UCAAGAAAGGGUUUUGUAGAGCGAGAGACAGAGCAGUUUAGUACUGUAUUGUUUAGGUGGAAGGGGAGGUCAGCGAGGCGCCUGCGUUCUGUGGGUCUUGUUGUGCAGCAAUUGGAGCAGCACAUCCAAUUGAUGCAGUUCUUGUAGCGCUCGCCAAGGAACAUCUCCUCCCUGCGGCCCCCCCCGGCUGCUGCCAUGGCGGGCGGAGGUUUCAGGCUCCUCCAUUUGGUGCGCCCUUUCCUGUCUGUGCUGCCCGAGGUGCAGUCGGCGGAUCGUAGGGUGCCAUUCAAGGAGAAGAUGCUCUACACAGGGAUCGCCCUGUUUGUCUUCCUCGUCUGCAGCCAGCUCCCCCUGUACGGGAUCCAUAGCGCCACCGGAUCUGAUCCGUUCUACUGGCUGCGCGUCAUUCUCGCCUCAAACAGGGGGACGUGCAUGGAGCUUGGGAUUACCCCAAUUGUGACUUCAGGGCUGAUUGUGCAGCUAUUACAUGGCUCUAAGAUCAUUGAGGUGGACAACAGUGUGAAGGAGGAUCGAGCACUCCUCACUGGAGCUCAGAAACUGUUGGGAGUCUUGAUUACCAUUGGGGAGGCAGUCGCCUACGUCCUGUCCGGCAUGUAUGGGGAUGUGCGGGAUCUUGGCGCAGGGAACGCCAUCUUGAUCAUUGUCCAGCUCUUCUUCGCCGGAAUCAUCGUGAUCUGCCUGGAUGAGCUGCUGCAAAAGGGUUACGGCCUUGGCUCAGGAAUCUCACUCUUCAUCGCCACAAACAUCUGCGAGAACAUUGUGUGGAAGGCUUUCAGUCCCACCACGAUCAACGCCGGCCGCGGCGCUGAGUUUGAGGGCGCCAUCAUUGCGCUCUUCCACCUGCUCAUCACGAGGACGGACAAGGUGCGCGCGCUCAAGGAGGCCUUCUACCGCCAGAACCUCCCCAACGUGACCAACUUGCUGGCGACGGUGCUGGUGUUCCUGAUCGUGAUCUACUUCCAGGGCUUCAAGGUGGUCCUUCCCGUGCGCUCCAAGAGCGCGCGCGGCCAGCAGGGCAGCUACCCCAUCAAGCUCUUCUACACGUCCAACAUGCCCAUCAUCCUGCAGUCCGCGCUCGUGUCCAACCUGUACUUCAUCUCUCAGCUCCUGUACAAGCGCUACCCGACCUUCUUCCUUGUAAACCUACUGGGCAAAUGGCAGGAGCACGAGUACUCGACCAGUGGUCAGCUCAUACCUGUGGGGGGGCUCGUCUACUACUUGUCGGCUCCAACUAGCCUGGCGGACAUUGCGGUGCAUCCAUUCCACGCCCUCUUCUACAUCACCUUCAUGUUGACGGCCUGCGCCCUGUUCUCCAAGACGUGGAUUGAGGUCUCGGGCUCAUCAGCGAGGGACGUCGCGAAGCAACUCAAGGAGCAGCAGAUGGUGAUUCCUGGCCACCGCGAGUCCAACCUGCAAAAGGAGCUCAACCGGUACAUCCCAACAGCAGCCGCGUUUGGAGGCAUGUGCAUUGGGGCCCUCACGGUGGUUGCUGACUUCAUGGGUGCCAUCGGGUCUGGCACCGGAAUCCUCCUUGCCGUCACGAUCAUCUAUCAGUACUUUGAGAUGUAUGAGAAAGAGAAGGCCAGCGAAGCCGGCAUGUUCGGGUUCUUCGGUUGAGCAGGGGACUAAAGUCGAGGGGUCGUCCUGGUAGAACCGCCGGUCUUCAGCGGUCUAGUGCAAAAGCACUCGGGGUGCACGCUUGAAGAGAGUACCUAGUUGAGAGCCCACAUUACGUGAUGGACGUGGGCACCGCUUGAGCGGUAUGGAUUGCGGAGCUAUAAUGAACGAGACCUUAUCCGCCCGCUUGAAAACGGGUUGUGUGUGCCUUUUGCGCUAUUGCUUUUCAGCUGGGGAUAUUAGAUUUUGUCCGCUGCAUUUUGUUUUAAGGUUUCCUUCGAGUGCGCAAUGUCAUCUCUCUUGAGCGGUUGCAAUUGUUUGCCAG